AUGUCUUUCUACAAUACAUAUCCCGGCUUUCUUUAUCGCCAGUUCCUGGUGUGUCCGCCCAAGGCCCCGUCCACCACCUCCCUUCGUGGCAAAGUCGGUCUGAUCACAGGAUCCAACACUGGGUUGGGCUACCAGGCCUCUGAACAGUUACUCAGGCUCGGACUGUCCCAUCUUAUUUUGGCCGUCCGCAGCAUCUCCAAGGGUGAAACUGUUCGCAAAUCUCUUCUCGCUUUGCUUCCAGCUUCAGCUAAGCCACCCUUGGUCGAGGUCUGGGAGCUAGAUCUAAGCAUUUAUGCCAGCGUGACGACCUUUGUGGAGCGUCUUCAAAAGUCUGACAUUCAGAUCGACUUUGGUCUUCUCAAUGCCGGUGUUGCCAAUUUUCACUACACCAUGAAUGAGUCUACGUCCCAUGAGACAAGUAUCCAGAUCAACUGGCUGAGCACUGCGCUCCUGACUCUUCAACUGCUACCUGCGCUCGAUCGCCAGGCCGCCCAGCAAGAUCUGAGGCUUGUUUACUGA